GCCCCUCCCCCCUUUCAAGCCAGCAUGGUCCAAUAAAAAGAACUUGACUUAUGUACCAGUACAAAGACAUGGUUUAGACACUUGCUUACUAAAAGGAAGAGAAACAAACUAAACAGGACAAUGGUUGCUUCAGUGAGUGCAUCAGAGCCUAAGAAGGUGACCACAGUUAGGAGCAAGGGUCACAGAUGGUAUUUGGGUGGACUGGCUUCUGCAGGAGCUGCAGCCUGUACUCAUCCUUUGGACCUGCUCAAAGUUCACUUGCAAACCCAGCAAGAGGUAGUGCAAGGUUUUGUAGGUACCACGUUCAAUGUUGUGAAGCGCCAUGGCUUCCUCACUCUCUAUAAUGGACUCUCUGCAUCUCUCUCCAGACAGCUUUCGUACUCAACUAUUCGGUUUGGAGUGUACGAGAUUCUACGGCCUGAGCUAGCUGCCAGGAACGGAGGUACGAUUCCGUUCUACCAGAAAAUCCUACUAGGAGCAUUCGGAGGUCUUUGUGGAGGGAUAGUGGGAAGCCCGUUUGAUGUCAUCAACAUACGAAUGCAAAAUGAUGUCAAGUUGCCUCCUGAGAAAAGAAGAAGAUACAAGCAUGUCAUCGAUGGUAUCAGAAGAGUCGCAGUAGAAGAGGGAUUCUUCAAGCUGUGGACUGGAGCUUCUCUCAAUAUCUGCAGAGCCAUUCUCAUGACACUAUCUCAGAUUGCUUUCUAUGAGCAAGUGAAGCAGAUGUUACUGGCUACUGGGAUCUUCAAGGACAACCCUGUCACUCACUUCACAUCAAGCUUUGUAGCUGGUAUGGUUGCCACUGCCGCCACACAACCAGUAGAUGUUCUUAAAACAAGGAUGAUGAAUGCACAGCCAGGAGAGUACAAGUCAAUCAUGCAAUGCUUUCUCUAUACAGCAAAAACGGGACCCUUAGGUUUCUUCAAGGGAUUUGUUCCAGCUUUUAUUCGACUCGGACCUCACACAAUCCUAACUUUUGUAUUCUUGGAACAACUUAGAAUUCUGUUACCCAAAUAAUAUAUUGUUUUCUAUUAAUUUUGUACAUCAUAAUUAUUGCGUAAUAAUAAUAAUAAUUAUGUCAUAA